GCGUGACGUCAUCUCGAGGGCGCCAAGGAAACAGUUCAACUGACUAAUGAGUUGGUUGUUUAUCUGCCGAAAUAGUACUUUAUUAUGUCUUAAAAUGUCAGCUGGGAACAGAACCCUCCUUGGCGUAGCGAUGUCUCAACAGCAGCAGCAGCAGCAGAAGAAGAAGAAGAAGACAGGCAUUCCUGAUGGGUGGCUGGACUACUGUCCCGUCGGAUCGAGGAUACCAGGAACCAGGUUCAUUCCUUUCAAGGUUCCUUUAAAAGCCGCCCUGAACUGCCAACUUCCCACCUCCCAGUCCUUUGAUCUGUGGGACCUGCUGGACUCGGUGCGACGGCAGAACCAGGAGCUCGGUCUGAUCAUCGACCUCACCUUUACGACCAGGUACUACUCAGUAUCAGACACCCCACAGUGCUGCGCCUACAUCAAGAUCCCCACCGAGGGUCACCGCGUUCCAAACGACGGAGCCAUCCUGAGCUUCAAGCGCGCGGUGAGGCACUUCCUGAGUCAGAACCAGGACAACAGCAGGCUAAUCGGAGUCCACUGCACCCACGGGCUGAACCGCACCGGCUACCUGAUCUGUAGGUACCUGAUCGAUGUGGACAGGUUGGAUGCCGCCGCGGCUUUGCAGCUCUUCAACUCCAGCAGAGGUCACCACAUCGAGAGGAAGAACUACAUCCGAGACCUCCAGCACGCCGCCAAGAGGAGCAACAGAGGCAUCGACGAGCCGGAGAGAAACCCGAUCAUGGGGCUCGCUGUGAGGAAAGAACCUGCGGCGCUGAUAAAGCACCAGGAGAAGGUGGAGAGCAACACCGCAGCACAUGUCAAAGCUUCUGGUGAUGAGUCAGCAGAAAAUCAGCAGCCUAAAGAGAAACAGCCGAGUCAGAAACAAACCAAACGCAGAGCCCGACGUCGCUACAAGACCAGGAACAAGAAGUCUGCUGAUGGGUCAGCGCAGGGUCACGACCCCGCCUCCUGAACCGAGGCGCCACAGCCAAGGUCACGCUAAUCAGCUUAGACUGAAACAAACUUUAGCUUCUUUUACAGUUUCUGAGCGAUUGUUUCCUGCACCAGAAACACAAAAAUGUAUUUAAAAGCUAAAAAGCGAUUCCAGCAGAUAAAACCAAACAUAACUUUC